GCAAAGAAAAAUAGUCAUAGAACUUUCCCGAGAAACCCCGUACUCGAAGCCAAUAGAAUUCACCAUCACAUAAUAGAAAGUUCCAGAUACAUUCAUCACCCUAUAUAAACAACAACAAUUUCAUUUCAUUCUCAUUCAAUUUUUUCAUCUCAGCUCAUUUCUAUCUCCAUUAGAUUUCCAUUUUCAAGCGAGACAAUGCCAACACGCACAACAGGAGCGAUCGCACAAGACUGGGAACCGGUAGUUCUCCACAAAUCAAAACCCAAAGCACAAGAUCUCCGCAACCCAAAAGCAGUGAACCAAGCGCUUCGAACCGGAGCCGAAGUCCUAACGCUAAAAAAAUCCACCGCUGGUUCGAACAAGAAAACUGCCGGUCCGGCUCUGAACGCGAGAAAGCUAGACGAAGCGGCUGAACCGGCGGCGUUGGAGCGGGUCGGUGGGGAAGUGAGACACACGAUACAGAAAGCGCGUUUGGAUAAGAAGAUGAGUCAAGUUGAGCUGGCUAAACAGAUAAAUGAGAGGGUGCAGGUUGUUCAGGAGUAUGAGAAUGGGAAAGCUGUUCCUAAUCAACUUGUUUUGGGGAAAAUGGAGAAGGUUUUAGGUGUUAAGCUUAGGGGUAAAAUUGGAAAAUGAAAAUGAGGUUUUAACUUCUAGUUUUCUUGAUGUGUUUUUGUUGUUGUGAUGCCAUGGGUGUGCUUUUAGAUGUAUGAUGAUGGAUAUUGCAAUGGAACAUAAAUGUGGAUAAUGCUAUCCUAAAUAGCUUGUAUAAUCAAAUAUAUAUUUUUCUUAAUAAGAAAUCCAUGUCUCCCAAUGA